UGUUCGAGACGACAGGGGAAGAGAGAAACCGCUUGACUCGACUCAGUCUCUCUGCUGUCGCUCUCGGUCUCUUGGGCGUAUUGGGUCCUCUACUUCUCCGUAUUCCCAGUCCCUCUGGCAUUCUCUCAACCCCGGACGUCGAUUUCUGCGGCAGAAAUUGCAGCUUCCAGUCGUCAAAACCGGUUCUUGGUGAGGCUUUUCGUUCAUAAAAGAAAUAUUGGAUCUUGGAUCGGAAUGAGAGGGCAGUAAUGUGGGUUGCUGGGAUGAGAUUGAUGGGAAUGAGCGAGAGGUGAGUGAUCCCUUGAGGGGAGAGGGAAUGGAUUAGAGUUCAUCGGGGGGCACCGCGGAGCCCGCCCUUCACCGAUGGCGACCGACAUACGGCCUCGAGAUCCGGUCUUGCCACCUACCAUGGUCCCUCUCGCGACUCUCAUCGGCCGCGAGCUCCGCGGUGGCAAGUCCGAGAAGCCUGCCAUCAGGUAUGGCCACGCCGCCUUCGCCAAGAGGGGGGAGGACUACUUCCUCGUCCGGCCCGACUGCCUCCGGGUCCCCGGCGACGCCUCCUCCUCCUUUUCGGUCUUUGCGAUCUUUGAUGGACACAAUGGAGUUUCCGCUGCCGUGUUCGCAAAAGAGCACCUCCUGGACCACGUUAUGAGCGCGAUCCCUCAGGGAAUCGGUAGAGAAGAGUGGCUUGAAACCCUUCAACGCGCACUUGUCGCUGGUUUUGUCAAGACUGACAUCGAUUUCCAGCGCAAGGGAGAGACUUCUGGGACGACAGCAACGCUCGUUGUCGUUGAUGGGUGGACGGUCACCGUGGCAUCCGUGGGUGAUUCGAGGUGCAUUCUGGACUCGCAGGAUGGUGUGGUUUCAUUGCUCACGGUUGACCAUAGGCUAGAAGAGAAUAUUGAGGAGAGAGAACGGGUGACUGCUAGUGGGGGAGAGGUCGGAAGACUUAAUCUUUGCGGUGGCAAAGAGAUUGGGCCACUUCGGUGUUGGCCGGGAGGAUUAUGUCUUUCAAGGUCAAUUGGGGAUACAGAUGUGGGCGAGUUCAUUGUCCCAAUUCCACAUGUGAAGCAAGUCAAGCUUUCAAGUGCUGGAGGACGUUUGAUAAUUGCUUCUGAUGGCAUAUGGGAUGCUCUUUCGUCUGAGCUUGCUGCCAAAGCUUGCCGAGGACUUCCUGCAGAACUUUCUGCAAAACUUGUUGUUAAGGAAGCUUUGAGAACAAGUGGCCUGAAAGAUGACACAACUUGCCUAGUUGUUGAUAUAAUUCCAACUGAUCAUACUCAUCUCCCACUAUCACCAAGAAAGCAGCAAAACAAAUUCAAAUCCCUUCUUUUCAGGAAGAAGUCACAGAAUUUCAGUGGUAAACCUAAUAAACUUUCUUCUGUUGGCUCUGUCGAGGAAUUAUUUGAGGAGGGGUCAGCGAUGCUGGAAGAAAGGCUGGGGAAAAUUCAUUUGAAGAACUCAGGGCAUCUAAGAUGUGCAAUCUGCCAAAUGGACCAGGCACCAAAUAAUGACCUAUCGGUGACUUCUGUCGAUGGCUUCUGCCCAGCAUCGAACCCAUGGGAAGGUCCAUAUCUUUGUGCUGACUGCUGGAGAAAGAAGGAUGCCAUGGAGGGAAAACGGCCAAGGGAGUCAACCAUGUCCCGGUGAAGGUACUGAUGGAGUGUGUCGAGUGUGUUUGUAUUCAACUGGGUCACUCUACCACUAAAUGUAAAAAGGGUGAGGUGAAUAAAGUGUUGGCUGUUGUCUGAAGGCUGUUGCUCAAGUGAUGUUUGCUGAACUAACUGCAGUUCUAUGAAGAUUGUGAUAGUGUAAUCACUAACCCAAUUUGAAAUUUGUAUGAGCCACUGGGAGUGCGAUAGGUUUUCUUUUUUUUUUUUUUUUUUCGCAACCAUCAUAUCCAGCCAAUGUCUAUAUGUUGUAGAGUUGUUCUCAUCAAUGUUUAUAAUUCUUCAGAGCA